AUGAAAAUCCUCAUCUGGAUACUCCUAUUACCAUUUUUAACCAACAACUUUCAUCUGGCCACUGGUCAGGAUGAGUUUUGGGGACAUUACUGCGGUUCCAACAACUACACGCGAAACUCAGCCUACAAACAAAAUCUGGACGACGUACUAUAUUCUUUAACAGGAACAAAUAACGGCUUCGGGUUUUACAAUUCGACGUCUGGACAAGCUAAAGCGGCCGCCCUUUGUCGCGGAGACAUCAUGCCAGAAAGAUGCCGAAGAUGUGUAGACGAUGCUACUCGUCAGUUGCGACAAGUUUGUCCGAAUCAGAUCGAGGCUGGGGGAUGGUACGACGCAUGUUUCAUACGGUAUUCGAAUAGAACUAUAGAUGGUGGAGUUGGUUAUUAUUUUUACAACGGGAACAAUGUUUCGGAUUCAAGCUUUGAUCAGUGGAAUCAAACAGUGGUUGAUUUGCUCGGUGAGUUGCGGUCAGAGGCUGAGGGUGGUGGGCAGCUCCGGAAAUAUGCUUCUGGGAAUAUAACGGUACCGGGAUUGUGGACUGUUUAUGGGAUGAUGCAGUGUACUCCUGAUUUAUCGGAAACCGAAUGUGAUGAUUGCUUGGUUAGAUCCAGUGGUGAGAUUAGACGGUUUGCUAGAAGUUUGGGGGUAAGAGUUUACAAGACUAGUUGUGUUAUCCGGUAUGAGACUUAUCCGAUCGUUAAUUCGACAUGGUUUCCGGCACCAAGUCCUAAAGGAAAUAAGAAAAGCAUCAAUGUUGGAGUCAUCAUCGGUCCAAUAUUAGCGUUGGCAGCGGCAAUCACUGUGGCGGUCAUCUUCUUUCUUUUCCGACGACACCAGAAACGGAAGCAAAAAGGUACACUAUUACCAGAGUUUCAAGUGGGAUUUAGUGAUGAAUCAAACAGAGAAAGUAUACAUGAAAGGGAAGACGAAGACACCGGAGAGAUGAAUUCCUACGAUCUAAGUACUAUGCAGGUUGCUACCAACAAUUUUUCCUUGGAAAAUAAGCUCGGAGAAGGUGGUUUUGGUCCUGUUUAUAAGGGUAAACUACAAGAUGGAAAAGAAAUAGCCGUAAAACGGUUAUCUAGGAACUCCGGGCAAGGUCUUGUAGAGUUUAAGACCGAAGUAAACUUAAUUAUAAAGCUUCAACACAAGAAUUUAGUUCGGCUUUUGGGUUACUGUGUAAAAGGCUCCGAACGACUUCUCAUAUAUGAGUUUAUGGCUAACAACAGUCUGGACACCUUCCUCUUUGAUGCUAACAAGUGUAAAGAACUAGACUGGACUAUGCGUUCCAACAUUGUAAUUGGAAUUGCAAAGGGACUUCGCUACCUGCACGAAGACUCACGCCUUAAAAUUAUUCAUCGGGACAUGAAGGCGAGUAACAUUCUUUUGGAUAACGAGAUGAACGCAAAAAUUUCUGAUUUUGGCACUGCUAGAAUUUUCGGAGGCAAUCAAAUAGAAGCCGCUACCAAUAGAAUUGUUGGAACUUAUGGAUACAUGGCACCAGAGUAUGCCAUGGAAGGACUAUUCUCAACAAAAUCGGAUGUCUACAGUUUUGGAGUCUUGUUGUUAGAAAUCGUUUCUGGACAACGGAAUAAUCGUUUCUUUUACCAAGGGCAACCCCAAAACCUCCUCUCAACGGCAUGGCGCUUAUGGAAUGAAAGCAAAGGAGAAUUACUGAUAGAUCAUCGCGUAAUUCAAACUUUGGCAACUGACAAAGUUCUUAGAUGGAUCAAUAUCGCUCUAUUAUGUGUCCAAGAAGACCCUCAAGACCGCCCAACUAUGUCAUCAGUUGUUUUCAUGCUCGAAGGUCAAUGGUCGGCUAAUCUUCCUACACCAUCAGAACCACCAUUGUCAUUUGCUAGAUUUGCAUCCGUCUUCGAACAAACUAAGACAACAAGUGACCAGAGUACACAUAUCUCCGUGACAAGUACCAGUUCCACUACGGCUUCCAUUCCAGGUAGCUAGUUGAAGGUCGUCACCGCCCAUCAGAAGAAGAUCGUAACUUAUUGCUUUUGUGUUUAGUGUAGUUGAUGUUUUUUUUUUAUAAUUUUUUUUUGCAUAUAAAUUUGAGUAAUUCAUAUGUUGCAUUUUGUUGUCUAAUUUAAUGUUUCCUUUUUUUCUUUUGAAUCUGAC